AUGGCGGCGGCGGCGGCGGAAGCUCCGAGCGCAUCGGCCUCUUCCGCAGAUAACGGGAUCCUGCGGUCCCUCGCAGACCGGGGGUGGCGCUUCCGUGACUCCACCGACGAGGCCAUCCAGACCCUGCUCCGCGCCUCCCCCACUCCGUCACCCGAGGCCGUGGAAUCCGAGCUCGUCGACAUGGACUUGAGGAUGUUCGGCGGCAAGUACCUUCCCGACCGGGCCACCGCCGCCGCCACGUCGAAACGGCUUUCGUACCUCCACGGCCCCGUCGUCUUUCAGGUAGUUUCUGUAAGAGAUAUAUAUCACAGCAUCAUUGAUGCCUCAUUUAAGAACCCGCAGCAGCGUCGUCUUCUGCGCUUUGGUCUCACUGAUGGGAUAUGUGAAGCAGUAGCCAUAGAGUUUUCUCCUAUCCCAUUCAUCACUGAAGAGAUAGCUCCAGGUACCAAGAUUCGCCUUGAGAAUAAAGUUACAAUCAAUAAUGGCAUAUUGUGCUUAAGUGCAAAAAAUGUGAGUGUCAUUGGGGGGACUGUCCAAUCAUUGUAUGAAGAAUGGCAGAUGAAUCAGAAGUACUCCAGCAUAUCUCGUCCAUCCUUGAGGUUGUCUCAAAGUGAUGAUGGAGCUGGGCCUCCACCAUUUGAGAAGUUAGACAUUGAAGCACGUCCCUGCAGGGCAACCAAAGUUCAAGCAUAUCCUGCUAGGAAGUUGGCAGUUACUUGUGACCAUGUGCCAGUUAAUUCUGGUGGCAAACCAAUGACUGAGGAUUCGAACGAUGUGAACAAAGACAAUAUUGAAAGCAAGGCUGAAUCUAAGCAAAUGACUCAAGAGAGCAGACCAAAAGAAGUCAGUGAAGCUGUUCCUGUCCAGAACCAAGCUGCUGCACAGAAGCUACUGCAGAAAAUGUCGCAGGCUGUGCCUGAAGACAGGCGUGGUCGGGGUCAUAGAUUCAAGGGCAAAGGUAAGGAAGAAGAUGCUCAGGUUUUUACCCUUGAUGAAUGGGAGAAGAGGAAAGCCAUUGGUUCGAAGUCCGCUGCAGAAAGCUAUGCGCAUGACACUAGCCUAGACGAGGAGUUGGCAAGGCAACUGCAGGAACAACUAGAUCUAGAAGACAUGCGUGGUGGGGCAGAUGCUUUCAGUGGUGGGACGGAGAGCUCAGAUGCUGAACGUUUACGGAUGAGCAUGUUCAGCUUUAGUGGCCCUGAUGAAGCAGGUGGUGGUAGAAGAGAUUUUCGAGGCCGGGGCCGGGGCAGGGGAAGGGGCCGAGGGCGAGGAAGGGGCAGGGGAAGAUUUUAG